GAACAACAACCAGAUUUACUUGUCAUUCCUAGUUUCCAGCAUUAUCAAUGCAGAUGUUGAAGGAUUUGGAAGUGUGUAUCCUGAUCUCUGUCUGUGUUCACUGUCUGUUGGCCCAGACAUUUCCAUUUGUCAGAUUCAAUAGACAAACUCUCGCAAACCAUAGCUAUGUGAACAUCAGUGCUGUGGGACAUGAUGACAGUGGUAGUGACAGUGUUCAGUGUCACACUGAUCUGAGUACAUGCUGCAGUGUUGAACAGGGUCCACACAGAGGAGACUGGUACUUUCCUAAUGGGACACGGCUAUCAGUCCCUGAGACUAGUGAUGAUAUCUAUGAAACUAGAGGUUCCAAAAUAGUUCAUCUUCAUCGUAGCAACCAGAACACAUCUGGUAUAUAUCGUUGUGACAUAGCAACAAGUGCAGUUCACCAUGACAAUGUUAGUGUACGAGAUACAGUGUAUGUUGGACUCUAUCUCAAUGGAGAAGGUGAUAUCGUUGUAACUGAGAUCAAAACAAAUUUAGAGAUCAUGGAUAGUUGUAUUACCCAACUAAUCCUCACCUGUAUCUCCACUGGUGGACCUGCUACCACUGUCACUUGGACCAGAGACUCCACCACUGUUACCCAAGGAGCUGAGAGUGUAUUGAAAGACCCAGCAACUUCACAGUACACCCACACUCUGACUGUGACUGGGACUCUGGUGGGAGGAAACUACACAUGUACUGUGUCCAAUAACAAGCCAUCCAGUAAAUCAUCAAGUAUCAUAGUCAGCGUUCCAUCUAAUCUGACGCUGGAGCAAAACAAUGAGACAAGCAUCAAUGCAUCAUGGAGUCCACCUCCCCAGUCUGCAAACAUUACAGGAUACAGAGUGUUCUGGACUCAGUGUGCCUCCUCUGACUGUAUCAACAAAACUAUGAUCACUUCCUCGACAAAUGAAAUCACUCACUGGCUUGAUGGCAGGGCAAUGCUACAGUGUUUCUGUGGUUAGAGUCUCAUGUCUCCCAAGCGAUACUGCAACCCGCAAUAUAACUUUAGUUACCAAUCCAGGUAAUAUCAGCAUUGAUGUGGUAUCUACUUAUAGCCAUGGUUUCUCAUUGAUGAUAAACCUUACUCACUAUGUAGAAAAUGGGAUCUAUCAUAUUAUGAACAAUGUGACUUGGUUGAGAUUUUUGCACUGUAACAAUGGUCUUGGAGGCUCUAAUGUGACUGACCAGGCAUAUGAUGGGAAUCCAACGAAUCUAAUCAUUACUGGAUUAGUUCCUAACAGUGAAUACAAUAUGACAGUGGUGGUAGGUAAUGCUCUGGGAAGCAGAACACAGAGUGUUUUUAAUCAGACUCAGCCAGCAGCACCAUCUGCCCCACCACAAGACAUAGUGGCGGUAAACCAGACCCUCUUCACCAUCACCAUCAGUUGGCAGCCUGUUGACUGUGCCCAUCAGAAUGGGAAUAUAACAGGAUAUGAAAUACGAUAUAGGAAAGAAGACGGUGGAAAUACCGAAGCAGUGUCAGUCAGAGUCAUAAUGGGUGCGGAUUAUACCCUAACAGACUUGCAGCCAUCAACUACAUACUUGAUUCAAGUGGCAGCAAACAACACAGUUGGCAGAGGCGUUUUUGGAAGCAUAUCAGCAUCAACGCUAUUUGAAGUUCAUGUGAUAUCAACAACAUCAACUUCGAUUAACAUAUCAUGGGCCAAAGUUGACUAUGAAGUUCUAAUCACAUGGAUCAGCACUCUAUCAAGCAAUUGUACACAAAAUAUCGAUCAAAGUUUAAAGAAGGAUUCUCUGAAUGGGAAAUCCUCUUAUGUGAUAGAUGGUCUGAAAGUAUUCACCGAGUAUAACAUCACACUUUGCAUAAAUGGCUCUAUCUGUACUUUCAAGACUGUAGUGACUAAUGCAACUGCACCAUCUGCACCUCCAAAAGGAAUGUCAUGGGAAGGAAGCUCAUCGACAAACAUCACCAUAAAAUGGGGUCCUGUGCCAUGUGCUGAUCGCAAUGGAAAUAUCACUAGUUAUGUAGUGAUGUUCAGAGAAAAUGGGAAGGAAAUAUUCUAUAAUGAAGCUACUACUGGAGGUGAUAUGGAGUUCACUAUCACUGGAUUACAACGAUCGACAGAGUAUGAGAUUAAAGUUGCUGCUUUCACUGUUGCUGUUGGACCGUUCACUAAUGAAAGCUUGUUUGCAAGCACCACAGCAGGCACUAGAGAAGGUGGCAGUAAUGUUGGUGGAGUAGUGGCUAGUGUGAUACUGUCUGUUCUGUUCCUUAUUGGAGCUACUCUGGGCAUCCUUGCUACUAUCUGGCUAAUGAGAAGGAAAAAGUCAACUAUGAAGGGUCUUUUCUCAAUGGGUCACUUUAAAGUCAUGUGCAAACAAAGCACCUUGCCACACUCUAGAGGACAAGACAUUUCUCUGGAGAAGCUUUCCACUGGAGGGAGUCUUGCAGGUGCACAGCUAUCCUCUGAGUAAGAUGAAGUCAAAACACACUUUCAGUCUCACUCUGGCAGUCUCUCACAACAGCCAGCUGCAGUACAGGCUAUACCCUACCUCUCCUAUCUAGCUGAUGAGGAGGUAGAGGAGGAGGAGGUGGAGGAAGAGGCUCAUCCAGUACCCAAGCCUUCAGGUAAGUUUCAUGCAAGACCAGUACCUCUGCCAGUGGCUCUGUUUGGGAGCAAUGUGGAGAAGAAACACACCAACAACAACCAGCCUUUCAUGACUGAGUUUGAGGCACUGGGUGAUGGGGAAGGAAAGACUGUUACUGUAGCAAGGACACCACGGAACACGAAAAAGAACCGUUUUGCC